AAGUCUAUUUUUGGGUUGUCUUCAUUAGACUCGGAUUAAUAAGCAUUAGCAUUAGCAUUAGCAUAGCAGCCACCUUUGCAGUCUCAGGGGAUUCAAUCUUUUCGUCAUGUACAGAGCAGUAUCUUCACGUCUCACCCUUCCCAAGGGCAAUGGGAGAACCUUGGGAACCUCAAGAGGUUUAUUCAGGUGGCUUACUGGGGAAUCUUCCAAUCCUCUUCCUCCUCUUGAUACCCCACUUAGAGGGGUUUCCCUGCCACCUUCACUGCCAGAUUUUGUUGAACCAAGCAACACCAAGAUCACAACUCUCCCCAAUGGUCUAAAAAUAGCAUCAGAAACCUCACCAAACCCUGCUGCCUCAAUUGGGUUAUAUCUUGACUGUGGUUCACUCUAUGAGACGCCAUUGUCAAGCGGGGCGUCUCUCCUGCUAGAGAAAAUGUCCUUCAAGAGCACGGCAAACCGAAGUCACUUUCGUGUUGUGAGGGAAGUAGAAGCAAUUGGUGGCAAUGUAGGAGCCUCAGCCUCUCGCGAGCAGAUGGGCUACACUUUUAAUGCUUUAAAAACUUAUGUUCCACAAAUGAUUGAGUUGUUGAUUGACUGUGUAAGGAACCCGGCCUUCUUGGAUUGGGAGGUCAAUGAAGAGCUUCGAAAGGUGAAAGCAGAGCUUGGAGAACUAUCAAACAAUCCCCAGGGCUUACUUUUGGAGGCAGUUCACUCUGCUGGUUAUUCUGGGGCAUUGGCAAAUCCACUUUUGGCUUCUGAAACAGCACUGAACAGAUUAAAUAGCUCCCUUUUAGAGGAAUUUGUUGCUGAGAACUAUACUGCAUCUAGGAUGGUACUUGCAGCAUCUGGGGUUGAGCAUGAAGAACUUUUAUCUGUUUCUGAACCACUUCUCUCUGAUCUACCAAGUGUUCCCCGUCCUGAAGAACCAAAAUCUAACUAUGUUGGUGGAGAUUUCCGUCGUCAAGGUGAAUCAGGGGUUGCACAUGUAGCUAUUGCUUUUGAAGUGCCUGGUGGCUGGAAAAAAGAGAAAGAAGCUAUUGCUUUGACCAUUCUACAGAUGCUUAUGGGAGGAGGUGGGUCGUUCUCUGCUGGAGGGCCUGGAAAAGGGAUGCAUUCAAGGCUGUUUCUUCGUGUCUUGAAUGAACAUCAACAGAUUCAUUCUUUUUCUGCAUUCAACAGUCUUUUCAACAAUACAGGGCUAUUUGGCAUAUAUGCAAGCACAGGCUCUGAUUUUGUGGCAAAAGCUGUGGAUUUAGCAGCCAGAGAAUCAAUAGCAAUUGCAUCACCGGGACAAGGUUUAAUCUGCCUUGCUUUUUGUCUCUUGCUGUGAAUCCUGAUAUGUGCCAAAUUAAAUAUAGGCUUCCUGCAAUGGCAGUUACACAGGUACAACUUGACUUUGCCAAGGUAUCCACGAAGUCAUCAGUUCUAAUGAAUUUAGAGUCCAGAGUAUGCUCUCUCUAACUCUCACUGGUAGUUUGAAUGAUAUGGAAUUUCUUUCAUUUACUCUUCCCUCCGCACCUGAAUUAAAAAUAAUGUGUCUCUCUUACAUCUUUGCUUCCUUCUAUAUUAUGAUCUAUUUUGGAUUUCUCUACAGGCUUUGUCACAUCUAGAAAGGGGAAUUGGGUUGGUUUGAUUUCAUAUAGUACGUCAUGUGUUUCAAAACUCAUUGCUUUUGCAGAUGAUUGCCAGAGGAUAUAGGA